CGAAUUUUUGACCUGCGCCGUACAGACGUUACAGAGAAGAGCUCAACGCACGUGCGCCUUCUUUGCAGCUAUCUUUGGACCCAAAGAGAGACGUGCAUCCUGAGAUGAUCGUAGAGCCUGGAGAGUGAUCGUCUCGGAGGAUUGAGUCCGCGCCGCUGGGUUCCUCUUCGAAGUCCAGAGGUGCAGGCUCCAUCACUGGCAUCAGGCAGCUAGGUAACACAAAAGCCGGACCAUGAGCCGAAGAGGAUUGGGCAAGGAGUAAGUAGCUGCUAGCUCAGAAUGAUUAGUGAAGGAAGGAAGCAGCUCGCUGAGAAAGUGGAAGUCGAUCUGCACCUGACCACUUUAGGUUACAUAUUUUAUCAGUUGGUUUAGCCUUGAUCUGCGCAGCAUUGUAAGUAAGCCUGGCCUGCUCCUGGGAGGGAUGAGCAAUCACGGCCACCGAGGUUGUCUAAGGAAUGUGUUGCAGCAAAUCCGUUGGGGGCCACAUGAUGAAUAUGGUGCCACGCAGAGAUCAUGUUGUUGUCUGCUGAUCUGAUCGCGCCGAUCAAUCAAUCAGGAGCAGCAGCAUAGCAGCAGGGUUGCUUUGAUUACCACAUUGUUGCGCAAGUGCCUCUCCCAAGAGGAGCUUUUCUAGAGCUUAGCCACAGGCUUCAGAGGGGGUGAUCAUGGAAGAACCGCCAAAGUCAGCUGCCAAUAGAACGUGGACUUUGCAGGAACCAAGGUAUAGCUGGACCCAUCGGCCCCUCACGCUCAAUGCUUUCCGGACUCUGGAGGUCUUCGGAGCACUGAGUAUUUGAGGGGGCCCUCAGGGACUCAAAAGGAUGGGGCUCGCGGUAGCCGACGUGGGGGGGGAGUCUGUGGAAGCAAAGCCAGGCUUCAAGCUGGUGGCAAUUGCAAUAUUCCAAGACCAGAAUAUGCAAGAGGACAUCCGGAGCGUUCAGGUGUAUUUACAGGGGGGGCAGUACAUGGCUCUCCAGCAGGGCUUCUGUCUUUCCCCCACCGGCUACUACCCGCUUCACGAACCUAUUGGAAUGUUCUUUACUAACGAGGCCGACUCACUCCGCUUUAUGGCCCGCAAGAAGGCUGAGAAAGACUGGGCCUGUAUUCUGGACUAUGCUGAGUAUCUGCCUCCGCCCAUGUCGCUCAAUCCGCUGCUGUCUCCGACGAGGAACCCUCGGCUAAAGCAGCUGCCUACUUUGGAAAGUGAUCUGGCUCAAGUGGAGGCCGCAAUUGAGUAUGCGUCCCAUGGUAGCGAACACAGCGGGACCUCAUCUUCGGUCCCUGAAGUCGGUGUGCCGCAGAGACUUGUUGGUGGCGCCCUGUGGCCCGAGACGGAGCCCCGGGGAUACGAGGAGCUCUUUCUUCCGACGCCGAGUCCUCAGGAAGGAACGCCGUCGGAAGUGGAACGGAAGGACUACUCGCUCGACCAAAGGGCACUCGAUAGCUUGCUCCUCUCGCCGAGGGCGGAGUUUCUGACAGCAUUUCAAAGACCCCCGCCUCCCCCCCGGGUAUCUAGCUCCGGCGCGCUGUCAUCGGCCCACGCUCUGGCGGCUGCCCCUCCCCGGCCCCAAAGAUCCAACCUCAUGCUACCCCCCCAUUCAAGUACCCCCGAACUCUCCCCCCUGCGCGCUCUUCUUGCCCACCACGGCGACAACCCUCUCCCGGGGGGGUCGUUUUUGCAGCCGUUCAGCGCGAACCAGCCCCCCCCUCCCCGCACGACUCUUGGGACCCCCGGACAAACGGCGCGGAUCGCGCGCCCUCUCUCCACUGAAGGCCUCGUUUCCCCUCGUUACUUCGAUACACGCGGCGCCUUCGCUUCUUCCGGGGGCCUCGUUUCGACCGUGGCCGCCGUUCCAGUCGGGAGCGAGACCAGCGCAAGCGACGCCCUGGCCUCGCACAGGGCCCCCGCCUCGGAAGCGCUGUCCGGGGUGAAGGAGUGGGUUAAGGUUUCGUUUGAUUCACCCGAGAAGCGGGGCCGGCCGCCGAAGACGGAGGUUGAUCUGGAGAGCAUCCGCGAGUUCAUUCGCCGGGAGGCGAAGCGGCCCAUGCUGCCUGGGGAUCAGGGCACCGCCCGGAACGAUCAAUCUGUGUACCAGUCUUUGCACGCGGACAAUCUACUGCUGCAGAUAGGUCUGGAAAACCCCUCUCCGCAGAAUGACUGGAGAACGAGUUCAGACCCGGGGGGCGCGCAGCAGCGCGGCGAGCUGGGGAUGCUCUUCCGCGCUUGCUCGGAGCCUGCUUUUCUGAGCCCGGGGAAAAGUCCCGAGGACCUCGAUGCGCGGCAACUGAACCUGCCGAACACCCCGGGGGGUCAGUUUCGAGGCUGGGAGCACCCCCCCGGGGACUCACCAUUCGCCGGAAGGGCCGUGAACGGCUUGCUCGCGCAGGGCUUCGAAGGUUCGGCGCAUAUGCGGAGACCCGCUUCGGAGCCGAAUCUUGGAGCUUUUCAAGCACUUGGGGCUAACCAAGGACUCGUUUCUAGUCUCUGGCAGCCUGGCAACGGAGUAGAAGUGGGCCCCUUCGAACCUGGCACUCUCGAGGCCGCCGAGAGUGCUCGGUUGAACAUUGCGGAGUUUCUGCACAGUCUGCCGCCCAGCCGGGGGGGUGCGACUCCCAGGAAGGCGGCAGUGCUCAUGUUGGAAGAUUUGACCCCCUAUUUCGAUAUGCCCAUGGCCGAUGCGUGUAAGGCCCUAGGCGUGGGGGCUACGGUGCUCAAAAGGCGGUGCCGGGAGUUGGACAUUCCUCGCUGGCCGUACCGCAAAGUGAAGAGUAUCGACGGCCUCAUCCAAACGAUCAGAGAGUUGGGCGACGGCAAUACAUCGCAGCAGGUUGAGAACGCGCUUGAAAGGCUUGCUGGCGAGAAGAAGCGCAUCGCGGAGCAGCCCAGUCUGGGGAUGGCGCAGGAGACCAAGAAGUUCCGGCAGGCGUGCUUCAAGGCGAGCCACAAGAUCAGGAAAAAGAGCUACCCCGGCGCCUGAGCCGGCCAGAUGAUGACACGUGGGCGUGGAGAGAUGACGACACGUGGCAGCGUGGGAGUAGAAAGCACUACCGUAGUUCGGCAGGCAUCGUUCUUAAGGCGGUCGAUAGCGAUCGCAGUACAGUUGCCGCCUCAUGACGACGACUUCCGAGAUUCCAUGCCGUUAAGUUUCUUCGCGGGUUGCGCCGCUGUAGCGUUGCCGCAAGUUGCGCCACUGCAUUGGAAGAACGUGUUGCAUUCUUUGUAAAAUAGAGACACAAACGGUCCGAGUUCCCCGUCUAUACGACGUGUGGCACAGUCAGAACCGUGAAACAUCCCGCCGGUUCUGUUACAGCUCAUCGUUCGCGCCGCAAGCUUGACAUAAGUCGUCAGAACAGCUCAUUUCAUAUGUACAGCCUAGUCGGUGGCGGCAGCUAGGCACACUGCAGCAAACAUGCGGACCGUCCGAAUAAGAGUUCCAGACCAAUCGGCACGCCGGGCUCGAUAAUAAGCAGUCAACUAGGGAUAGCUAUAGGAGACGUUGCCAGCAGUUGCUAUAUAUAGUCGUCUCCUUCGAUAGCAACACUUAGUUCAAAGCGCUAGGGCUGGCAGGGAUCAGUGAGUUUUCAAUUGGUCGGCAACCCUGAAACAAUUGGCUAACGCGAAACGAUCAGCAAACCGUUGUAUGAGCCUGCAGCGGAAGAUUUUUGCAAUAAAGACAAACUGAAAAACUUACUUUAAAAGACUGGGUAAGGCGUGCGUGAUGCUCUAUGCAACAUUAACUUUG